AUGGCGGAAGCGUCGUUCAAGGACGUACCGGAGUUAUUCGAAGUUGACUUGGGAGAGUCGCUCGUCGCGCGGACAGAGAGCCUCUCGACAUUCCGCGAACUUGGCCCGCCUGAUCUCGUGCAAGUUCUGAAGACCAGCGGCCGGAGCGGGCAGCGCGAUCUCGGCUCGUAUCACUACGUAUCCGGAGUCGACGCCUCGUCUUCCGCGUCAUUAGCCGCCUACAUCAACUCCCUCACCUACAACAUCGAAGACGACUCGGGUUGGUUUACGAAGGGAGCGUCAUGGAAAGUCAAAAGCGGAUGCUACUGCUGCUUCAACGCGUUUUCGCGUGUGGACGUCCGUGUAGACGUCAAAAUCCCCGGAGGCGUUCAGGCGUAUGUCGUUGACCUGCGCGGAGAGAGGCAUGAGGCAACACUAGAGGUCUGGCAAGAGACAUUCCUGUCCGCUCUUCUGCGCGCCAUUCUCUACUCCGACGACCCUACCUACUGGCUUGAGGCAUACCGCAAGCUAGACCCAAUCACUACCCCCGAAGGCGAGAUUCGGUUCGUGCAAGCCGCUGAAGCACUGUUCAUGAAGGGCUGGCAGGUUGGGUCGGAUCCAGAGAUACAAGUUGCAACAAUUGUCUCCAACCAUCUUACCGCUGCGAUCAUGAAGUACUUCGGAGACAGCGGCCGCUUCCAGCAUGCUGCAAACCUGUUCGAAAAAAUCUCUGCGAGGGAGCCAGAAGUAUCAUCACUACUUGCGAAGAGCUACUUGGGAAUGAACGAGGAAGUGAAAGCUGUACAGAUCAUGGGUGGUGCUGUCCAGCAGACCCCACAGUCCUACACCCUCCUCCAUGUCCAAUGCGAAUUCCUCCGUAGCAAAGGCAAGCACGAAUGGGCUCUCAAGCUUGCUCGCCAGGCAGUCAACUGUGCGCCAAGCGAGUUCGUCACAUGGGAGAAGUUGACUGAGUGCUACAUUGACCUUGGCCAGUAUGAGAAUGCCCUCCUUACGCUCAACUCAUGUCCAAUGUUCACUUACAACGGCCGAGAUGCUCACCGCAACCUCUCCCCCGCUCGUGUGCACCUCCCCCCCAAGGGCACCAUCGUGGAGAUCUUGCCAGAGAGGGUGAAGACGGAAGACGACGAGGCCGACCCCGCCCUGCUCCGCCUCCCCGCCCCCGGCCUCCGCGGCACAUGGGCCCGCGCCUACGCGCUGCUCACCCGCCUCGUGUCGCAGAUCGGCUGGGACGAGCUCCUGAAGACGAGGAGCUACGUGUUCGUGAUGGAGGAGGAGUACCGCAUGCAGAAGCAGACCGAGCAGCCCCCGUCCGCGGCGGCGUCCAAGGUCUUCCACGAGGACGGGUCCGUGGUCUCCCCGCGGCGCGGCGUGUCGCUGCAGGGCCAAGCGGCCGCCGCUGCGGACGACGACGCAUCCACGCGCGGGAUGGCGUCCCCGAGCGAGUCCGACCGGCACGGGGACGCGAAGGCCGACGGGGACGGCGAUGGGGAGUCGGAGACGCUCGUCGCGGGCGCGAAUGGCAUCCCGACGAUCCGGAUAUCGACCGAGAGCGCGCGGGAGGCGGCGUCGGCCGCGAAGCCAUUGAACGGGGAUGCGGCGAAGGAGGAAGAGGAAGAGGAGGCGGAGGAGGCGGAGACGGAGACGGAGCCCAAGGAGAACGGCGAGGUGGCGGACGAGGUAACCAAGAACGGGAUCAAGGACCCUGCGCUCGAGAAGCCGGUGCAGGCGGCAGAGAACCCGGAGGGCGAGGGCGGGGCGUCGCCCUCCCAGGAGCCGUUCUCGUUCAGCAACAAGCGGCUGUGCGAGCGGUGGCUCGACAACCUGUUUAUGGUCCUCUAUGAGGACUUGCGCGUGUGGACGAUCUUCCGCGCCGAGGUCGCGCACUUCAAGACGCAGCACGUCGCGUACCGCAAGACCGGGCUCGAGUGGGAGAUCCUGGGUGACCUCGGCAUGCGCCUGCACCACAAGGAGGAGGCGAAGGAGGCGUACCAGCGCUGCCUGGACACCCCCCGCUACGCGUACAAGCCGUGGUCGAAGCUCCUGGACAUGUACGCCGAGGAGGGCGACAUCCAGCGCUCCCUCCAGGCCGCCGUCCGCGUCGCCGCGUACCAGUGGGGCGACUACGCCGAGAUGACGUACCCCACCCAGAUCGCGCGCUGCUUCUUCAAGCUCGGGCAGAUCCACGGCCACGCCAAGAUCCAGUGGUCGCUGCUCAGCAUGGGCCUCCCCGACCCGGUCGCGAAAAUCAUGGAGAGCUACCUCGUAUACGGGCGCACGUUCAAGGUCGAGGGCUACGACUUCUAG